CCGCGCCUGAGUGAAUUGAGCUGGAGAAGAGAAUGGCAGCAGAAUAACGAUUCCUGUCUCACCUCGUGUCACUGUAGUCCAGUGCUGUUUACAUUACCGAUAAGCGAGACGCGAGCUGACUCUUUCCGAUUUCUUCUUCUUCUUCUUCUUCUUCUUCAUCUACUUCUUCUUCUUCUUCUUCUUCUUCUUCUUUUUUUUGAAUGAGAAGAUGAAGGCUACCAUUCCGCCUCGGGCCCGGAGGGACUCGUGCAGCUGCGCUGAACUCUCGGUCGAGCCGGAUCUGUGCUGCCUACAGCACGACAUGAACGACUGCUACAGCCGGCUGAAGCGCCUGGUGCCCACCAUCCCGCAGCACCGGCGCGUGAGCCGCGUGGAGAUCCUACAGCACGUCAUCGACUACAUCCUGGACCUGCAGCUGGCGCUCGAGCGCACCGAGCACACCGAGCACAGCGGGACGUGGCCGCGGAGCUCCAUCCGCACACCGCUGUCCGUCCUCAACACAGAGCAGAGGACACCAGUUGUCAACAAGCCGGAGGACACGAUUUUGUGCCGCUGAGAUGCAGCAUAUCACAGUGGUGUGCAGUGAGCCCGUCCAAAGCCAAGCCAAGCUUUGGCAGCGAAUCCGACACACACCAGGCCCAACGUGGGAUUGCAAAGCCGUUCUGAAACUAAUGGCUUCUAAACCAUAAUUUAUAAACAUUUCAGUGUUAACUGUCAGUGAUGGCUGAGGCAGCCAGUGUUCUUCUCCGUUCACUCUAUUUUCUAUCAGUGAAGGAAAUGCUGAAUUUGAAUAAAGAUAAAGUCUCUUUCUUUCUCUUUCGCUUUCUCUCUCUCUCUCUCUCUCUCUCUCUCUCUCUCUCUCUCUCUCUAUUUCUCAAUGGUAAGAUUUGGUAUUUAGCCAUACCAGGAAAAAGCUUGUCUAAUUUUUACUAAGAAACUUUUAAAGCUUUUACAGUACAUUGAAAGUAACAACGAACGUUAAAAUGCUUACAUCUAUUGUUAAAAAUAGAUGAUUUUGUUUUAAACAGGGAUUUCUCUGCAAUUGAAUUGUUUAAUAUUGUAAAGAAAGAAAAUACAUGUUGACAAAUAAUCCUGUAUAUAUAUAUAAAUAUAUAUAUAAAAAAAGAAAAUAGGAUGUUCUAUAAUUGUAUGUGUAAGAAAAUACCUAUAUGCUAUUGUAAUUAUAAGAUAUUUUUAUUGAAAGCUUUUGUUUUGUAAAUAUUGUGUUUUCCAUAAGUGUAGUGAAGAAAUACAUGAUUGUUCUGCUAAUAAAGAUCUCACAUCAUAAAGCUAAUUAUGCUUUCCUCUGUCGUGUUUACGUACGUAUGUACAAGAAUUGGAAUAAUGUGUCAUAAACAAAUAUGUUCAAUCUUUAAAAAAGGUUUGUGAGAACAUAGUGUUGUGCAGUUUCUAAUCUCUAAGCUAGCCAGGAAGACUUGUUUUGUAAAAACGUUAUAAACUGACGUACCACUUUUUGUGGUACAUUGUAGGUUUUUAUUUUAUAUAGAAGUACUUUUAUUCGAAUAUAAUAAAAUCAAA